UAAAUACACGAACCUUCCUUCCCUAUUUUCAUACAAACAAAUUAACCAAAAAUCUCUCUUUCUCUUUUUCUUUUAAAAAUCCUAAGAAAGACAUAUAUAUAAAUGGCAAAAGUAGGAAAGCUAGGAGGGAAGUUGAAGUCAGCCAUAAAAAGAUGGCCAUCCUUGACCAAAUUCAGCCGCAUGAGCAGCAAUGGAAGCAUCUCAUCACCAUAUCACCCUCAUCAUAAUAAUGAUCAUGACCACAACCAGAUCUCAAACGACGUCGUUAAUAAUGAUCAGCUUCAUGCCGUUUACGUGGGCAAGUCUAGGCGGCGUUACUUGGUGAGCUCAGAAGUGGUUGAACAUCCUCUGUUUCAGGAGCUCGUAGACAAGUCUGCUGCUGCCUCUGUCUACUGUGAAGACGCUACUGGAAUCUCCGUCGCUUGCGAGGUUGUGUUGUUUGAACACUUGCUUUGGAUGUUGGACAACGCCGAGGCUCAGCUGGGUUCCAUGGAUGAGCUUGUUGAGUUCUAUACUUGCUGAUUUUUUUUUAUAUUUAUAUUUAUAUAUAUAUCACUGACCAAGCAUAUGAAGCAGUUAAUUAAUUAUUAGUUUGUAAUUGUAUAGAGAUAUUAUAUAUGGUAAUGGUCUUUUGUGUGCCUGUGCUUUGGACAGUGACCAAUAACAAUAUAUAUUAUUGUUAUAAUUAACCAUUUCUUUUUCGAGAAAAGUUGUAUUAAUUGCUAAUGCAAAAGAGUUUGUUAUUCAAAA